AUGGCGAGAACAAAAAAAGUUGUUUCUAAAAGAAUAAGGAAACAACAACUUAAAGAAUGUGCCAAAAAAAUGCAAGAGUUGAAAAAGGCAAGGAAAAGUUUGCAAAACGAACAGAUUCUGCCAGUAAAAUCAAUAAGCGACUUAGAUGCGAUUCCGGCAACGAAUGUGAAAGAAACCAAUCAUUUGGUAUUAGAAACCUGGUGUAAUAUUAAUAAAAGCAGCCAACUACAGGAUCAUGAAGAAACACAUAACGUCGAUAAAGUUUCUCAAAGUAGUGAAGUUAUUGAACAACAACUUAAACAAAUUAAGGAUGUUUCAAAUGAAAAUACACGCAAAAGAAAAUUUACCGAUGUAAAUAAUGAUAAUAAUAUAGAUAAAGAAAAACCAGAGUCUGUCAACGAACUAUGGGAUUUACCUUGUGAAGUAGCAACACAAGGACAGCAAAUUGAGAAAAUAAAAGAUGGGAAUCACAGAAUAGUGGAUUUCAAAUAUUUUACCGAAGAGCUUAUGCGAAUAUCCAGCCACAAAUCACUAUUCCAAUGUUCUUUUAACACCAUGGAGCUAAUUUCGGAAACAAAGAAAGGGUUGGUUUCGAAAUUCUUGUAUGAAUGCUUGCUGUGCAAAACACGGUUUACUAUAAAAAACACUCCAGAAGAUUUAAAUACCAAACUGAUUGAGGGUACAAUGACUGCAGGUUGUGGCAAUGCACAAUUAGAACGAAUAACAGCCUCUUUAGAUUUACCAUCUAUAUCGGAACACACUUACAGUGCUUGUCAAAAUAAAAUAUGUCAGGCCUGGGAGACAACGGCUUGGGAUGAAAUGAAAACGGCAGGUGAAAGAGAACGCGAGGCUGCUAUAAACGAAGGCAAAGUGACUAAAGACGGCAUUGCGUUAAUAGACGUCAUUGCCGAUGGUUGUUGGUCGAAACGCUCUUAUAAAUCCAACUAUGCUGCACUCUCUGGGGCCGCUGCCAUUGUAGGAAGACGUUUCGGCCAAAUUUUAUUUAUGAGCGUAAAAAAACAAAUAUUGUUGCAUUUGUGCCAGAUCUGA